UUUAUUAGUUGUGAAAGUUUUGGGCUUACAUAUAAAUAGCUCCUUGGUUUCCUGCAACCAUGAAAUGCUCAUCAAGCUUUGUUGUGAAAACAAUGGAAAUGCUAACGACUGGGCAAAAUAGCCCCAUCUGAGCAGCUCAGCUACAUUUUCCUGUUGAUUAUAGCAAGAACAAACCACAACUUCUCUUUGAAAGAUGGAAAACAACAAGAUAUCAGGGAGACAGCCAAAAUUAGGAGACCAUGUCUCGAUUGAAAUCACUCCUGAGCAUGAUGAACUUGUAUCUUCUAUCAAGGAAAAGAUGGAAAACAUUGCUGUAUCAGUCUGUAUCUUCAGAGUCCCCCAGGAACUUCGCGAGCAUAACGAAAAGAAAUAUACUCCUGAUCAUGUUUCCAUUGGUCCUUUGCACCGUGCAAAAGAGACUAGAGUGCCGCAAGAUGAUAAGUGGCGCUAUUGUUAUGCACUCCUCAAUCGAAAACCGAAUUUAGAAGCAACCUUGAACAUCUGCGUGAAAGCUCUUCGAGAGUUGGAGCACAAAGCACGAAGAUGCUAUGAGGGAGAGAUUGAUAUCAGCAGCAGUGAUGACUUUGUUCAAUUGUUGCUAAUUGAUGGCUGCUUCAUCAUUGAGCUAUUUCUGAAGUUUGCCUACAAGAGCCUUAGGUCCCGGAGAGACCCUAUAUUCACCAAGCCUGGGAUGCUUUUCGAAAUGAGACGUGACAUGGCAUUACUAGAAAACCAAAUUCCUUUCUUUGUUGUUCAAAGGCUAUUUCAAUUAGUACCACUUCCUCCAAAAUGCAACGAGCCACUCAAUGAGCUCGCGUCCCGGUUCUACAGAAGAAUAAUACCAGGAGAUGAUGAGCAUGUUAUCAAAGACAAAUUCAAUCAAGAAGGGUAUCAUUUACUUGAUCUAAUUCGGCAUUGUAUCCUCCCAACAAAUCCGAAAUUGCAUCUGAAAGAAAAUGUGCCUCAAAAACAUUUGGAUUGUGCCAAAAAGCUUAAAAGUGCUGGCAUUAAAUUCAAGACGGCUACAAGCCAAAGUUUCUUGGACAUCAAGUUUGCUCAUGGUGUUUUCAAAAUCCCACCUCUUGAAGUCCACCAUUGCACAGAAGCACUUCUUAGGAACCUCAUUGCACUUGAGCAGCGUCAGCUUGAUGAUACCAUACAGCAUGUCACAUCUUAUGCCUUCCUCAUGGGGUGCCUCAUCACCUCCGAGAAGGAUGUAAAAUUACUUCGGCGGAGACAGAUUCUCAUCCACGAUGAGAAGAAGGAUAAAGAGGUUUUUCAAAUGUUCGAGAAGCUUUGCAAGGAGAUCAAGCUGAUGGAUUUCUACUAUGGGAGGCUUUUUCAAGAUGUGGCUGAAUACAAGAGCAAAAGUUGGCAUGAAAAGCGGCAGAAUUUGGACACACAUCUCAAAACUCCGACUUCAGUUAUGGUGUUUGUUGUUGCAAUGUUGCUUCUUCUUCUCACCUUUGUUGGAGCUUGCUUUUCCAUACUCUCCUUUGCUCUCCACCAUGUUUAGAACAAACAACCCCCAAUCCAUACACACUUGAUGAAACCACAUUUAUAUAUUAUAUGAUUGUUCAAUACACAAUUAAUAAUAUGAUUUCACAAUGAUUGAUUUUGGGUUCAGUAUUUCUUUAAUAUAGCCUUAUAACUUUAAACAACAUAGCAUUUACAAAAAAUAUAAUGUAAAUUUAUCAUAUUUACUAAUUAUAUUACUAAUCACGCCUCUAACAAAUGAAAUAAAUAAAUGCGAUGCAAAUGGUUUCCAAAUAAAUUUCGCUAUACACAUUAUAAUCAAACAUCAAAUUUGGCCCCCCCCAAAAAAAAAAAAAAAAGAGCAGUCGGUAAAGUCUUUAGAUCAAGUUGUAUCUUGUCUUCAAUCUCAACCUCAUGAAAGGAAUAAAGCCAUCCCAUCUAAUAAAGCGUUUUAUUUUUUCAACUGUCUGGAUUUUCAUUUAUUUUUUUUCUCGCAUUUUGGGGCCAACAGACCCGACAGACAGAGUGACACGCAGAGCAUCACACGUACCCUUCUGCAUAUUUGACCCGGGCAUUACUCUGUCGUGUCUUAUGCUAAUAAUUCAAAGCAAAGACUUAAACCUCCUAUCCAUCACAUGAGCACCACAUCUCCUAAACAUCCACCCGUCGGAUGGUCAUC